UUCUUGAAAUUUGAAACAAUAAAAAUUCCACCAUCAUGUCAACAACAAUUGGUUUACUGGUUUUAGGGUUAAUAGCAGCAAUUAUUCUACUCCUUCUUGCUUGCAUCUUCUGCUUUACAGAUUGGGGCAAACGGAGAAAUAACACCCAUGCUCAUCGGGGUGACCCUGAAAUUGAUGUGCAGCCUCAGCCUGUUAAUGAGCGUUCGGACAUGCCGGUCCCAAGAACUACGGAAUUGACUGCAAUUUCCAGACAUAAAAGUUUUCAGACGAGAUCGUUUAGCCACGAUGAACUUGAAAAAGCAACUAAUGCUUUCUCCACUGAAAAUUGGAUCGGUGAGGGUGGUUUUGGGCAUGUCUAUAAAGGAAUUCUUGCAGAUGGUCGACAAGUUGCAGUUAAGAAGCUUAAAGCUGGAAGCUCACAAGGACAUGACCAAUUCGGAAUUGAGAUUGAGACGAUGGGCCGUAUUCAUCAUCGGAAUCUUGUUCACUUGUUCGGAUAUUGCAUUGACUCGUCGGCAAAUACGUUAUUGCUUGUUUAUGAGUUCGUUCCUAAUAAUUCAUUGAAGUCUCAUUUACACGGAAAUGUUGCAUCAGCAAUGAAAUGGCCAAUCAGAAUGAAAAUUGCUAUUGGUUCAGCUAAAGGAUUGAAAUAUCUACAUGAAGACUGUAAACCUAGGAUUAUUCACAGGGAUGUCAAAACUGAUAAUAUUCUUCUUGAAGAUAACUUUGAACCAAAGCUUGCAGAUUUUGGACUGGCCAAGUUAUUCUCAGACACUGCCACUCACGUGUCAACAGACAUGAAAGGAACUUUUGGUUAUAUGCCUCCUGAAUAUCAUAACUGUAGCAGAGAACUAACCGUAAAGUCCGAUAUCUACUCAUUUGGUGUUGUGCUUUGGGAGUUAAUUACUGGGAAACGAGCAACUGAUAGCCGUCGCUAUGGACCCACCAACCUAGCCGGUUGGGCCAAUGCUAAGCUUAGACAGCGCAACUAUAGCGAUCUUAUUGAUCCAAAAUUGGAGAAUCAUUACGACAACGAUCAACUGAAUCGAAUGAUAUCUUCUGCUGAAGCAUGUACCCUUGACGAUCCAAAACGUCGACCGCAAAUGAGCCAGGUAGUUGAAGCAUUGGAAGGUCCCAAAUCUUCAAGAAGAAAGUGAUAGUUGGAGUGCAAGAAUGAAAAUGUCUUACAUGAACCGGAUUCAUAUUUUAUUAUUCAUAUAUUUAUCCAAUUAAAUUGAAUGUUGAAAAAUUUAUUUAUUUAUUACUCCCUCCGUCCCAAUAGAGUUGUCCACUUUGCCUUUAUCACACAGUUUAAGAAAAGAAAUUAUUGUUUAUGAGUUUUAUAAAAUUUUACUUACUUUUCUUGUUAUACCCCUAUUAAUUAUAGGGUCCACUUUCAAUUUACUUAUUAGUGGAUUUUAAUUAGGGAUAAUAUAGGAAUAUUAAGUGUAAAAUUUAGUUACUUUUUGAAAGUGGACAAGAGUUUUGGGACAAAAAAAUUUCUCAAAGUGGACAACUCUAUUGGGACGGAGGGAGUACUAUUUUUACUUUCUAUUAUUCAAUUGGUUUAGAUCUAUAAAUAAAAUAUAAAAGAAUUAAUUAUAUAUAAAAUUAUUAUCUUUACACGAAAUUUUAAAAAUAACAGACUUUUUAAAACGUGUUAAUUCGGGGCAUCACCUUUUAUUUCUUUUCAAAAACAACAUGGGCAAAUUUUUAUGGUGUUUUUGCUGACAUGGCUUGACACAUGGCACUUCCAUUAAGUGUCCAAAUCAGCCAAUUUUUAUCUAAAAAUGUGCUCAUGUUGUUUUUGAAAAGAAAUGAAAGAUGAUGCCCUAUAUUGACACGUUUUAAAAUUCAUGUUAUUUUUAAAUUUUUAUGUAAAGGUGGUGAUUUAUAUAUAAUUAACCCAAUAUAAAAUUAGUCUAAGUAAAAGUAUUUCCCUCAAGAAUAACGAAACAUCUUAAAUUCUUAAUACAUUAUAUUUUUCACAGGAAGCUCGUAUUUUACUGAGAGAUUGUAAAAGAAGUCCACCAUCUCUGUUUAGUUUCAAUAAGUACCUUCAUCUCCAGUUUUCUUUAUUUGCGUUCAAUCAUUUUUAUGUAAGCAAAUUAACUGUAACGCAAACACAUAAUUUGCUUAAUUUAUAAUGCAAUUUAAUUUAAUUACA